AUGAUAGUCUACCCGCCCUCCCACCGCUACGCGGCGACCCCGUCCGCCAAGGGCACCCUGCCCGCCCGGCAAAGCGCCGCACGAACGCCAUCCUCCCGGCCUCCCCGUGUCCGCCUGAUGUCCGCGAAGCAAGCGCAGGUCGUCCCCGAUGGGCCUGUCGUCGCCGAUGGAAAUGCCAACGAAGGAGUCGAAAACCACCCCCCAGAUGCCUUCGAGACGACCGAGGCGGCUGACGGCGACGAUGGCCUCGAUGUGGCCCGAUCCUCGAUCGAGCUCGACGACUUGCCAAUCGAGCUCAUUACCUUGACCGACAGCUUCAUCGAGUCUCUGGGUGCCAAGGUGCACCCGACGCCCCCCAAUAUCGACCGCCUGUCGGAUCUAUUCCAAGAAUUCUACGCCUUGGCCGCAUCUCACAUCGGCACUCACCUCAGCGCCCUGGCCUCCCGUCACAGCCGCAAUGCCUCUCCCGCCACCUCGAACAACUCGAUAUCCUCGGCCGCAAACCGACUGCGCUUCAAGGCCCCCUCUCUCGGAACCAAAGAGAAGCAAAAAGUAGGGACAGAACAUCAAAUGAUUACGGCCGACGAGUUGGCGAGCCGCAAGCGUGCCAGGCGAGCCCUGGAGGGAAAACGCAGCCUGCUGGAGGAGGCAGUCGAGCGGAGACUUUCGGAAGGUAUAUAUGACCGCAUAUACCGCCAUCGGAGCACCCAAGACGAGGCGCAGGAUGCCAAGUUGCGGUCGAAAACCGCCGCCCUAGCGCUCGUCGGCAUCGGCCCUGCGGACCUCGGCAUCGACUUUGGCGACGACAGCCCGCAGGGGCCCGACGCUCUGGCCGAGAGGUCCAAGGAGGUGGGCGAGUGGCUGCGCGCGGCCAGGACCGAUAUGAUUCGCAUGAGCGAGUCAAGAUAUCCCCUCGGCAAGCUCAACCAUCUCAAGGCUGCGCACAAGAGCAUCGUCGAUACCCUUGCCCACUUUCACCCAUCCGCCUCCGCCGACGAAAUUAUGCCCAUGCUCAUCUUCACCCUCAUCACCUUGCCGCCGGAGAACCUUCACAUCAUCAGCGAUCUAUACUUCAUCCAGCGCUUUCGAUGGGAACCGAAGCUGACUGGCGAGGCCGCCUACUGCCUCACCAACCUCGAAGCCGCCGUCAGCUUCCUGGAAACAGUCGAUCUCGCCACCUUGAGAGAGGACGAGCAUCCUUCAGGGCCGCCCAAGAAUGUGAAUCACUCCGGCGCAGCCAAAGCGGAGACCUUCCCCCCGGCUUACCCUCAGGGGCUUAUCACUCCGACGCAGAGUGCACCGGACGUCGCGACGGAGAACGCCACGGCCACGGACCUGGCGCCGUCUCCCAACAACCACCAGGCUGAAACCGCGUUGAGAAAACGACGAUUAAGUGAUCUCGUCAACACCCCGACCCAGGCAUUCGGUGCUGCCAGUGGCGCCGUUUUCAGUACGGCUGAUCAUGGUCUCAAGACGAUUUCAAGCAGUCUCGGUGAUAGCUACUCGUUCCUCCUCGGAAAGCUCCGUGAACGACAGCAAGGGCCGAAGGAAUCAAUCGUCGCCCCGCGAACGCUCGACGACGCUCGGAAACUCGUCAGCACCCCGCCGCUCGAAGAGGAUGAAAAUGCCAGCGGUGCGAGCUCGGCCAUCGGCGCAGAGGAUGCCGAACAGCUGAAGGCUGCGCUGGUUCGUGAGGAUCGAGUGUUGAGCAUGAUCGGCGGCCGUCGUGAUGCCAGCGUUGACAGUUCCAAGAGUGGCCGCAGCGUCAGCUUGCCCAAGAGGGGGGCCGCUUCUGAAGAGCGCAAGAGCCCUGCUCCGAGCCAGAGUCCCGCAGUUUUGGAGCAGGUGCGUAGCCUGGGAAGCUCCUUCAACCCCAUGGCCCGACUGUCCAGUAUGGGCAUGAUGAGAGGCUUUGGCCGGACCGGGCCUGCGCCAACGACGGUGCCGAAAGAUGCCGACAAGCCGGCGGACGGCGGGGACCUGGCAUCUGCGUUUCCGGACAUUGCCACGUCACUUCCACCCAAGGAGAUCCCUAAGAUUGCGCCGCCCAACAAACGGUUUCUCGAGCUUCAGAGCCCGGGCGAGCUGCGGCUCGGCGAGGUUCUGGACCUGCUAAGGGACUACCGUCGUCUGGCCGGGGCGCUGAAGAACUUGGGUGCCUUUGAGGGAAAAUAA